AGAAAUUGAACCAAAGUUAAAGGUGCAGAAAAGCAAAGUACUCUCAUCUUAAAUCAAUUGAACGGUGGAAAAAAAGGGAAAAAAGCCCUAACUAUACAUAGAAUUCACCACAGCCUUUGGCCAUUUUUUCUUAGCUUCCAAAUCUCAGAAUAAGAAAAUGAAGGUUAUUGCUGCUUAUUUGUUGGCUGUGUUGGGUGGUACAAAUCUCCAUCUGGUGCAGAUUUGAAGAAGAUCCUUGGUUCUGCUGAGGGGCAGAGCUUCUUGUAAUGGAGAGGGGGAAUUUAUGCAUCUCCACCAUGGCAUCAUCAAAUAUUGCAGUUCUAUUAACUAUUGGUGUCAUCACUGUACUUGUGAUACGAAUUAUUUAUGUUAUUAAUAGGAGCAACAAACCGCUUCACUCCAAAUCACCACGAUCCCUCAGUACUCUUAUUGUUCUGGGUUCAGGUGGUCACACAGCAGAAAUGUUAAACUUAUUAUAUGUCCUUCAAAUAGAGAAGUUUAAGCCAAGGUAUUAUAUUGCUGCUGCUACUGAUAAUAUGAGUCUCCAAAAAGCUCAUGUAUUUGAGGAUUCCUUGCUCGGCAAGGAAGUGCUCGAGGAAGUAGGGGGAGCUAAAUUCAUGCAGAUAUAUCGAAGUCGAGAGGUUGGUCAAUCGUAUAUAACCUCUGUCGGAACCACAUUGGUUGCACUUGUACAUGCGUUGUGGUUAAUGAUCAAGAUCAGACCCCAAGUGAUUCUGUGCAAUGGUCCAGGAACGUGUAUUCCACUGUGCGUAAUUGCCUUCCUUUUUAAGGUUUUGGGAAUUAGGUGGUCAUCGAUUUUCUAUGUCGAGAGCAUUGCAAGAGUCAGGAAGCUGUCUUUGAGUGGUUUGCUUCUUUACAAGCUACACAUGGUAGAUCAGUUAUUUGUGCAAUGGCCACAGCUAAAAGAGAAGUAUCCCCAAGCUCAUUACGUUGGUCGUCUUAUGUAAUCAAUCAGUAUCUGAUCUAUUAUAGCGAGGUACGUAGUACUCGAGCUCUGUUGAUGCUGUCUGAAGAGUUCUACAAAUGGAUGUAAAGGAUCUUCGUUUGAAAGAGAAUAUCAUUGCUAUCUUCUUGAGGCAAGGAAAAAAAUUAAUGGUCAUUUCGAAGUGAUUGGCAUCAUUGGUGUUGUUUUAGAUCAUAUAGUUUGCUUGUUAAUGCUAUUUAAAAAUUCCAGAGAAAAUUAACAAAUACCAGUGUAUUUACAUUACACUUUUCCAAAGUUUUAUGCGUGAGUAAGCCUUUUGACAUA